AUGGCUGGCGACUUCUUCGAGUCUCCUCGCAGUUUAGACGCGAACUUUGCGGCCGGGACCCCGGCAGCUGGAUCCAAAGCACCGUCCUCGCCGUCAGCUGGCGGUUCCUUUGGGCUCGACGACCUGAUGUCUCAGUCCCUCGGCGGCAUCGCCGGCGGUUCCAUGUCCAGCAGUCAGAAGGGUCCGAGCAUGAUGGCGACGGCGACGAGCAGCAGGGGCGGCAGCGCCGGGGAUCUCAGCCACGGCGGAUCACAAGCCGGGGGCGACGCGGAUGAUAUUCUCGGGGCGAUGUUCGGGACCAUCAGCGGAUCAGAGACGGCAUCGCCGCGGGGCAUGACACCCGUGUCGGGCUCCGUUCCGAACGACAUGGACGCUUUCGACGUAUUCGCCAGUGGGACCGCGGGUAAUACGGGCGAGGAAAAUAGCUCCGCAGACAUCAGCGGGGGCGAGGGCGACUUUGCGACUGAUCUCGAGAGGGUUGUUGAAAGGGCGAGGUCGAAGACGUCGGGAUCAUCGCGGCUGUCGUCGGUGACGCGCGCGGAACCAGUCGUCGAUGGCUUCGCGGGCUUCGACGAUCUCCUCUCGCCGGGUCCAGGUUCGAUGCCGAAGGCGUCGGUCGGGGGCUCGGGGCCGGCUUCGUCUGGGCCGAGCUCCUCGGCGCCGGGUGGGGAUUCGCUCGAGGAUCUGCUCGGUGUUGGAACGUCUUCGAAGAAACCCGCGGGCGCAGCUGGCAUGUCCCUCGGCGACGAACUCGACGGGCUCUUCGGCGCCCCGUCAGUACCUAGCGGCCAACCGCCGGCGGUGAUCGACGACAUGUUUGGGCCGAUGAUGGGCAGCGGGGGUGUCUCCAGCUCGGGGGUGGCGACCACGAUCGCCGGCAAGGUGACGCUGGACGAGAUCGAGUACGAUGGGAGCGACGACGAGCAGGAGGGGGAUACUGAGGAGCGAACGGCGGCGAGGAAAAAGAGGCACGACAGGGUUCGCGCGGCGAUGCAGGCGAAGCUUCAGGAGAAACGCGACCGAGAAAUCGCCGCAGUCGCCGAGCAGGCGGAGCGGCAGGUGCUCAAGGAUCUCAUCGGCGCCGAGAUUGACGAGUGGCUGCGUCAGAACCAGGGUAAUAUUCGUACCAUGCUCGCCAAGCUCGGGGACGUGCUGUGGGAGAAUCACGGGUACAAGGCGCCCAGUCUGAACGAGCUCAUCGAGGCCAACUCGGUUAAGAAGGCGUAUCACAAGGCUCUCAUCAUCAUCCACCCAGACAAGGUGAGGCAGAAGGGGGGUAGCACGGACCAAUGUUACAUCGCGGACAGGGUGUUCGACCAAGUGCGCGACGCGUAUAAAGCGAUGUGCGAAAAGGAAAUGUGA